AUGGAGGCUGCGAAGGGAUACGCCGCCGCGGCGUAUAUGAUUGUCCACCUGGGCGUGCGCGCCGUGUCGGCUAUCCUGACGGAGGAGGAGCAGGCGUGCUUGAAACGAAUGUCGCACGACGAUUUCAUAACGAUUCUGAAGUUCCCCGGCGCGUGGAAGCAGUGGCAGCGGUGGGAGGAGCUCAUGCCGCGGUGGCGCGCGCACUACGAGAACCUCGCGCGCAAGCACGGGGAGAUGGACACCGUGCGCAUCGGGCGGAAGAAGCGCAAGGGGAAGGAGCAAGCCCUUGCGCCCGUGGGGAAAUUUACAGCCGCCGCCGCGAUGAACGGCCUGCAGACGCCUAUGUUCGCCCUGGACCCAGGCAUGCACGUGGAACAGGGGAUGGUGGGGGAGGCAGUUGGGGUAGGGGGGGUUGGAGUCGUAGGAGGGGUGGGAGGGUUGGGAGGGGUUGGAGGGGGAGAAGUUGGAGGGGUAGGAGGAAUGGGUGCGGUUGGGGAGCAAGGAGUACUGGAGAAUGGGUAUGCUGGAGGGGAAGGGGAGGAGGAGACUGGUAGCAGCAUUGAGGGAGGGCAGGCUUCAAGGAAGAGGGCGAGAGGACGAGAGGUGCUGGGUUACAACCAGCACGUGGUGACGACACUCGGGGUGGCCAAGGACGUAAGCAUGUUUUGUCACGUGAAAGACCCUCUCUUUCCGUUUGCCUGCUCUCAUGUGUGCGUGCAGGCGGUGCUGGGGUACAACCAGCAGGCGGUGACAACACUGGGAGUGGCCAAGGACGUGGGCGACAACAUGGGGCUACUCGCAGGGCUGCUUGCGGACAUGGUGCCGCCAUGGCUCGUCAUUGCUGUUGGCACUCUGCUGGGCUUCGUGGGGUACGGCGGCCUGUGGCUCGUGCUCAGUCAAAGGAUAGCCGCGCCACCCUUCUGGCAGGUGUGGUGUCUGCUGUGCUGCGCCACAAACGGGUCCAUCUACUUCAUCACAGCCAGCCUCGUCUCCUCUCAGCUCAACUUACCAUUCCCUCUUUCCACAUACCACACUCAACCGCACUGCACCACACUCCACCGCACUGCACCAUUGCCCGACCUGCAGGUGUGGUGUCUGCUGUGCUGCGCCACCAACGGGUCCAUCUACUUCAUCACGGCGGGCCUCGUCUCCUCGCAGCUCAACUUCCCGCACUCGGGGGGCGUAGUGGCGGGGAUUGUCGUGGGCUUUAUCGGCCUCUCCGGCGCCAUUUUUGCCCAGGUGCUGCUGGGAGGGCAGGGGGAUGGGAGGUACGGGCUCGGAGGGAGGUUUAUGGGGGAAGGGAAGGGGGAAGAUGCGGGGAUCUACUCUGCGUUGCUCGCACCCAACCCUCCGGCCUUUCUGCUGCUGGCCUGCAUUGGCCCCGCUGCUGUGGGCAUCCUCAGCCUCUUCAUCGUCCGCCUCUUCCCCCCCCGUAUGUCCUCUUCUUCCCCACCUCACCCUCCCUCCCCUCUCCUCCCCCCGCCCCUUUUCCCCCUCCUUCUCCCCUCUCCACCAAUGUCGUUCAAGCAACAAGGGCAGCAGUCUAUGAAGUGCCUCUUUUCUCCCCAGUUUAUUCGGCAAACCAUGACACUCGCGCUGCUCAUCUAUUUUGAAAACCUUCUCUCUUUCCUCCUUGCGUGCCACCUGCCUCCCCAUAUGUCCCUUUCCCUCCCUGUCCCCCUAGCCCCCCGCACACCCAAGGUGGCAGCAGAGGAGGCCCCCUGCAAGCCCAAGGAGGCAGCAGAAGAGAGCGCAGGCUUUAAAGAGCGCAGGCUUCAAAGAGCGCAGGCUUCAAAGAGCGCAGGCUUUAAAGAGCGCAGGCUUCAAAGAGCGCAGGCUUCAAAGAGCGCAGGCUUUAAAGAGCGCAGGCUUCAAAGAGCGCAGGCUUCAAAGAGCGCAGGCUUCAAAGAGCGCAGGCUUCAAAGAGCGCAGGCUUCAAAGAGCGCAGGCUUCAAAGAGUGCAGGCUUCAAAGAGCGCAGGCUUCAAAGAGCGCAGGCUUCAAAGAGCGCAGGCUUCGCCCUCAUUCUGCACCUCCGCAUGCUGCUCGCCGCCUUAAGCCUCACAGCCGCUCUUUCUUUCCUACCCCUUCCAUUCCUCCAAACCCUGCAUUUCCGCACUUAACACAUGCAAGUCGUACGGAACCAUUUAUUGGUUCAGUUUUCCCUGACCCCCCAGCACCCCGUACCCCCAAGGCGGCAGCAGAGGAGACUGCAGAUUUCUCUCUCAUCCUGCGCCUCUGCAUGCUGCUCGCUGCCUUCCUGCCUCACCGUCACUCUUUCUUUCUUACCCCUUCCCCUUCCCCUUUCUCCCGCUUUUUCCCUGUCCCCCCAGCCGCCCGAACGCCCAAGGUGGCAGCAGAGGAGAGCGCGGGCUUCUCUCUCAUCCUGCGCCUCUGCAUGCUGCUCGCCGCCUUCCUCCUCCUCGUCAUCACCUCCCAGGCCUUCACCACCUUCUCACCGCACACCACCACUGCCAUUACCAUCACCAUGCUCCUCCUCCUCCUCGCCCCUGCUUCCGUGCUCCUCCCCUCCCGCUCCCCCUCUACUUCCUCCGCCACCCCCUCGUCCUCUCCCUCCUCUCUCACUCACCCACAUGCCCAGGGCUCCUCCGAUCUCUCCCAGCCUCUGCUCCAAUCAUCUUCAGCCACGUCAGCAGCAGGGGGCGCUCCUGGUAGUGCCAGUCCCGGAGCUAGCGUGCUUCCACCAAUCAGGGAAGGAGAAACACUCCAUGCCGCUAGCACCCUCCCCCCAUCCUCCCCUCCAACCACUCACCCACCGGCUCUCUCUCUUUCACCCCACCAGUCGGCCUUCUCCCCUCUCGGCAACAGCAGAACCUCCCCCAAACCUACCUCCCCUGAAUACACCUCCCCGUAUCUCAGCCCACCUCCUCCUUCCAGCGGACAUGCCUGCACUGCUGCUCAAAACAUUUCAUCAUCCCCAGCAGCAGGAGGAGCACGAGGAGGAGGAAGAGGGUUGAGGGGUGCAGGAGCCAUCUCAUUUGUGAGUCCGAACAGCCAGAAGAGCCUGAGCAGCCUGAUGGAGGAUGGUGACGUGGUAGGGGCGGCGAGUGUGGGUGGAGGGGAGGGAGAGGGCGGGGAUGACGAUUGGAGCUACUACUUUGGGGAAGAGGAGACGUCUGUUCAUGGUAAGAACCAGUCGAGAGUGACCGGAAUCACCUCUCCCAAAGGGGGAUACAGCAGGGGCGGAGGAGAUGAGGACGAGGAUGAGUGCGGGGAGGAGGAAGAGGAGGAGGAUGGGGAGGAGGGGGAGGAGGAAGGCGAUGGGGCAGGAGACGAAGCAACUGAGCCAGCCCAUGCAGGGGGAGCAGCAGCAGCGAGGGGGGAGGUGUAUCUGGGGGAGGACCAUUCGUUCGGGCAGGCGCUAUCCACUUUAGACUUCUGGCUGCUGUACGGGGGGCUGGUGUGCGGCUUUGGUGCAGGGCUGACGGCCAUCACGAACCUGGCGCAGAUAGGCGAGGCGCAGGGGUACGGCAACGCGCAGGUGCUCACUUCCCUCGUCAGCAUCUGGCAGUUCCUCGGCCGGCUGGCCAGUGGAUCGCUCUCGGAGCACUUUGUCAGAGCACACGGCAUGCCACGCCCCAUGGCUCUAGCAGCCAUCCAGCUGCUCAUGGCAGUGGGUCACCUUGCCUUCGCCCUCGCCCCGCCAGGAGGCGUGUACCUGGGCUCGCUGCUCAUAGGCUUCACGUACGGCGGGCUGUGCUCCGUCAUGCCUGUCAUCGCCGCUGAGCUCUUCGGCCGUCGCUGCCUCGGCCUGCUCUACAACUCCCUGCUCGCCGCUGCUCCCCUCGGCUCCUACCUCUUCUCAGGUGUGCUGGCAGGCUACCUCUAUGAGAUAGAGGCGCGGAAAGACAGGGGAUUCACAGCAGGUGUAGAGGGAGCAGCAUCGCUGCUAGCACCCGGGCAAGAGUGGGCGUUGGAGCCAGUACUAGGAGUCGGGCACGUGGCCGGUGCCUCUGCUGAUUUCACAGGUGCUAGAAAGAUGCUCGGUUUGAUGCUGCCCUCUGCAACAUCCACAGCUGCAGUAGCAACAGCAGCGGCAACAGCAGGGACAGAGCCAAUUGGGCAGGGGUGGUUGGGAACGAGCUGGUUUGGGCAGGGAAUGGGUGGCUGGUUUAGUGAUGCUGUGGGCAGUGCAGCGGGGGGUGGAGGAGGGGAGGGGCCCAAGGCGUGUCAUGGGGCGCACUGCUUCCGUCUCAUCUUCCUCAUCCUCACCGCCGUGUGUGUACUGGGCGCUGCUGUGAAUCUGCUAGUUGCCUCCCGCACUGCCCGUGUGUAUGGCCUUAUGAGACACACCGAGGCUGUGGGAGCAGAUGAAACAGAUGAAGCAGUGGGGAAAGAUGAUGAGAAGUAG